CAUUACCGGAGACUGACUCGUUGUUGUUGUCAACUUCCCGUCUCGGCGUCUCCGGGGCCAGAUUGCCAGAACCAGAAAGCUGUAGAAGAUCCAGCAGAUCUUCUAUCGAAUAAUUUCGCCCAAGGAAGAUCGACAGAGAAUAAGAAAGCCUUAGAAGAUGUUACCGACGGUGAACAGAAGCCGUUCCUCGGCUUCCACAUCUCGACCCAACCCAAUGUUUCCUCAGUACCUUCGGCGAAUCGUCAAGUGGCAACAAAUGGAUAUUGAAUAUACUUUCUGGCAAAUGCUUCACCUAUGCACUGCACCAAAAGUUGUCUAUCAGCACACGAAGUAUCAUAAACAAACUAAAAACCAGUGGGCACGUGAUGACCCUGCUUUUGUUGUGAUCUGCAGCCUCCUUUUGGUUGUUGCAGCUAUUGCUUAUUGUGCUGCGUAUGACCACAGUUCUUCACAUGCUGUCUUUGUUGUUAUCUCAGUAUUGCUUUUCCAUUUUUUGCUCGCUGGAGUUUUUCUCGCUACAUGUUGCUGGUUCCUGACAAAUGCUUACCUUAGGGAAGAGGCUCCAAAUAGUCAUGUGGUGGAGCAGCGGGUUGAAUGGCUCUAUGCGUUUGAUGUGCACUGCAACUCAUUCUUCCCAAUGUUUGUUAUGCUUUAUGUUAUACAUUAUUUCCUAUCACCUCUUCUGGUAGCCCAUGGCUUCUUGGCUGUACUGCUGUCAAAUCUGCUAUUCAUGCUGGCUGCUUCUUACUAUCAUUAUCUCAACUUUUUAGGUUAUGAUGUACUACCCUUUUUGGAGAGGACAACAUUUUUCCUCUACCCAAUUGGCAUUGUAAUCGUCCUUUCUCCAGUCUUGAUUUUAAGUGGCUUCAAUCCCUCAAGAUACUUUAUGAACAUGUAUUUUAGUCAUAGGUUGUGAUUACUAACACUUGAGAUACUACUACUUAUGAGGAGCAUGACUAGUUUGGAGACUACAUAUAGAUGUUAAAACGGAGGAAUGGAGCCCGAAAGAUAUAGGAACAAAAAGGAGAUAAAGGGAGGAUCUCAACUCCAAACGGUGUUUGUAGCUUUCUUCAUAGAUUUCGUCACCAUCAGGGGCGGAAAUUAGAACCAGGUGAAACUAGGAUAGAAAGUGAUUUUUCUGUAACGACAAUGAAACGGACCAAUGGAUCUAUUACAUUUGUAAUGAUUUUGAUCCUCGUCAAUCCUUUGUGUUUCUUCAUACAAUAUUGUUUUCUAUCUGGGAAAUCAGAGCUGAUGGGAGCUGCAUGUCUGGAUUCGUGUGCAUUUUGCCGAGACUCUGAGUUUAGGGCUCUUUUUACUGUGUUCUUGUCCUAAGAUUUUGGUAAAUUCAAGCAAUGGGUUCUUGGAAAAUGAUUUAUUGGCAACAAAAUAUUACGACAUGA